AUGGAAGAAUCACGGCUCAUCCCCUUCGGCCCCGAUGCUACUUGCACGUUGGACACAUGUCCCCUCGAAUGGUCCGUCCUCCAGUAUCGCCCGUCCCUGGCCACCAACGUCACCUUCAUAUGCAUAUACUUCAACCUGAUGUGUAUCCACCUCUGGCUCGGCAUCCGAUGGAAGAGCUGGUGGUUCACGGGCUGCGUGGUCGUUGGCACCGCGUACAACAUCAUUGGGUAUGGCGGCCGCAUCAUGCUCUACCAGAACCCCUUCAGUUUCAACGGGUUUCUGCUUCAGAUCAUAUGUGUCGGUUCAGCACCAGUCUUCUACUCGGCGGCUAUAUAUGUCACGAUGAAGCAGAUUGUCGUGAACCUUGACCCAUCCAUCUCGCGUCUCAGACCGAAUCUGUAUUAUAUCAUCUUCAUCAUUUGUGAUGUUGGGGCCUUGGUCCUUCAGGCGGUCGGAGGUGCCCUGUCAACCACGACAAAGGGAUCAAGCAACGUAGCCGUUGACAUAUCCCUCGUCGGACUGAGCUUCCAAGUCUUCACCACGUGCUGUUUCUGCAGCCUGCUCGCCGAAUACCUGAUCAGGUACUUCAAGACGAAGAAGCCGCCCGGCGGCAGCAGCGGCAGCGGCAGCGUCGGCACGCGUCUGAAGCUCUUCCUCUGCUUCUUGGGGUUUGCGGUGCUGCUCAUCCUCGCGCGAUGCGCCUACCGGGUGGCCGAGCUCAACCAGGGAUACACGGGCGGGCUGAUCCACGACCAGCCUCUGUUUAUCGGAUUGGAGGGCGUGUUGAUCGUGCUGGCUGUCUCGUCCCUGUGCAUCGGGCACCCUGGCUUUGUGUUUAAGCCGUCUGGGAGGGGGCUGAAGGGGCUGCCUGGAAAUCAUGUCGAGGAGCAUGGGGAUGUUAUGCUCGCGGAUAGGAAGUCUCCGUCGAGCGAUCAACCUCGGCCGUUCGUCUGA